CCCCUCCCCAAGAUGGCGCCCGGGUAGCGCCGCGCCAUGGCUGACCUGGGCCGGCAGCUGCACGAGUACCUGUCGCGGUCCAAGCCCGCGGGUCCCGCUCCGCCGCCGCCGCCGCAGCCGGACCCAGACCCGGAGCCGGACCCGGAGGAGGCGGCGGGGCUGUGCCCGCGGCUGGGCCGCUGGGAGCGGCUGUGGGGGGCGGCGCUGUGCCUGGCGGCGUCGGCGCUGUGCCUGGUUCUGGCCGCGCUGUCGGCGCCGCUGCUGCCGCUCCGCGCGCGCCGCUUCGCGCUGCUCUGGUCGCUGGGGUCGCUCUGCGCGCUGGGCGCCGCCGCGCUGCUCCGCGGGACCCUCCGCCCCCCCGGCCCCGCCGCCCUGCUCUACCUCGGAGCCCUGGCCGCCACCCUGGCCGCCGCCCUGGGGCCGCGCAGCGCCCUCCUCGCCGCCGCCGGGGCCGCCGUGCAGAUCGCCGCCGCCGCCGCCCUCCUGCGCGACAGCCUGCCCGGGGGCACCGCCGCCCUGCGCCGCCUCGGGGGGCUGCUGGGGGCCGCGCUGCGGCGGGGGGCGGCCGGGGCGCUCUGAGGGGCAGACGGGGAGAGGAGAGGUCUGCCCCGCUGAGGGGAGAGACUGCUGCCUCUCUGAGGGGAGAAGGGGGAGAAAGAGCUGCCGCUCUGAGCGGGGAAAGGACUGCUGCUCUGAGGAGAGAAAGCAGAGCAAAGCGCUGCCCCUCUGAGGGGAAAAGGGGAGAGAGAGAGCUGCUCCUCUGAGGGGAAAAGGGGAGAGAGAGCUGCUCCUCUGAGGGGAGAAACUGUGGCUCCGCUGAGGAGCGAAAGGGGGUGAAACGCCGCCACUCUGAGGAGAAGAAGGGGGGCAAAGAGCUGCCUCUGUGAGGUGAGGGAGCGCUGCCCCUCUGAGGGGAGAGAGAGCUGCCCCACCGAGGAGGGAAAGGGGGUAAAAUGCUGCCUCUCUGAGGUGAAAAAGGGGGGCAAAGAGCUGCCCCUCUGAGAGAGGAAAAAGCUGCCUCUGUGAGGCGAGAAAGCACCGCCCCUCAGAGGUGGGAGAGAGCUGCGCUUUUGAGGGGAGAAAGAGCUGCCGCUCUGAGUGGGGAAAGCACUGCUCCUCUGAGGGGGAAAAGGGGGGGGGGGCCAAAACGCUGCCCCCCUGAGGGGGGAGGGGGGCAAAGUACUGCCCCUCAGAGGGGCGAAAGAAGGGUGAAGCGCGAAGUGCAGCCCCUCAGAGGGGAGAAGGACGGGCAGCCCCUGUGAGCAGCCGCUGCCUGUGUGGGGGAGUCCCAUGGUCGAGUGUGGCCAGUUGGAGCAAGCCCCUAGUGCUUGUGGGAGCACUGGUGGGAGCGAGCCUUGCAUCAGCUUCUGGGUGAAGUGUCGCCAGUGGAUGCGAGCCCUGCAUCACCUCACAUGUGAAGCUUUGCCAGAAGGAGCAAGCCCUGCAUCACCUCCUGUGACAAUCUUUGCCCGUGGGAGUGAGUCACACAUCACCUCCCUUGGGUUCGAGCCCCGCAGGCCAGCAGGACUCGGACAGGGACUGAGGAGGACCCACAGAACAAGAAGACGGCUCUCAGAGACCAGGAUGAGGAGGGCACCUUCGCACACCACUUCCCCCCAUGACCUCCAUGUUCCUGCUGCGUUUUCAUCGCCGGUUCAUCACCAGAGAACAGCCUCGGUGACUCUGAACUUGUCCUGCUGUGUUUGGGGGCAGCAGUGUGGGUGCCAGCCUGCCGAGCCACCCCUCAGCACAGGUUUUGCCUUAUUACAAAGUCGGCUCGGUAGUGCUGGUCCAGAUUCUCUCCAUCCCCAGUGGCAGCUGGCAGCAUUCCUCAUCCUUACCUUCAGUGUGGGACCACGUGGCUGCUGCAGCCCACUUCAAAAUGUGAGUGAGACAACAGAGACAAUGUAAUUCUUGACUUGUCCGUUGGGUGGAAGGUCUUACAGCUGACACUGUAGGGCUGGCUGGUGUUGGAACAUGGAGGUGAUCCAGCAAGAUUCUGUCAAGUGUGGGGGUGAACAUUCAAAACCAGGUAACUGCUGUUAACUCAGGUUUGUGGUGACCCCUCCAUGCUGAACCCAUUCUUCGGUCGCUGUAUGCUGCAGUCAUCAGCUACCUUGGACCAGUGGUGAAUAUGAAUAGCGUGCCCACUGAACUGCUUUUCUCUCUAAAAAACAUCUGUAAAGUACCAUCCAGUAAGUGCAGCAAACGUCCCUGGGUCUGUGGGUCACAAAGGCUGCCCCUCAUUGUAAGGGGAGUCUCGUGUGAUGAUGACGGGGUGCAAGAUGCUAAUCUUGUACCUUGCCUUUGCAGGUACUGCUGCAUUACAGCUGCUGUAAGGUAGCACAUACUUGGGCUCUAAAAAGAUAACUUCAGCUCCUAGAACUUGAUUUUAUAUAUACACCUAUCUUUUACUGUCCCAACACAGGCAGGAAUUACUUGCUUGUCACAACGUGACCUUCAAAACUAAGAUUUGCUCGUAAUUGGAGCCUGUUUCCGCUAGCACAGUUCUGUUGCAGUGCAGAAACCAAGCAGCCUUGGGCAGGUGCUGAAUUUGGGCUGCCGGUUCCUGCUGAGAGCUCGAUGCUUCCCUCCAGGCUUCGUGCACUGCUGCAGGUGAAGAGGAGUGCCAGGCCUACCCUGCUUAGAGCCUAAGGGAGGAUCUCACCGAGCAUAUGCGUUUCAUAUACAAAAUAAAGCCAAACACUGCAUUAUUUAACUGCUAUCACUACUUAGGGUUUAGCAUAAACGCCUAAUUCUUGCUCCGAAUUAAACUGAAAAUUGUUAACUGAGGUACUUAAAUGUACUUAGAUUGCUUUAAUAAAACUUAUCUGUACCAGAUGUCGGUAUAGAAAUUCCACUAAUGGUCAUAUUUUUUUUCCCUCUUCAAAGUGUAGAUCAGCACUUUAUGAAUAGCAUUAAAUUAAUUCUCUCAUUUUUACAGCUUCCAAGCUAUACCACAUAAAAUUAAUUUUAUGCCUAACAGCAGUAUAAAAUUAAAUCUUAGAGACUAAGUGGAGCUGUAAACUAUGAGGUAGAGCCUGAGGAUUCUACCUGCAGCACCGGUCAAAGAACUGGACCUGGAGAGAACUGAAGUAUGUUCCCAUUAAGUCAUUUUAUCCAUUUUCAGCAAUCGUGGGGCUCUGUAUGCUGGACUGGGGAGCUGGUUCUGUCUCUCCUCAGAUUUUAUGCAAAAGCAAGCCAAUACUCCAGUUUUUAUGACUUUUUGUGCAUAUUCCACGAUUGCAGAAUAUUUCACAUCUUAAUUAGAAAAGCUGCCCCUUGAUGAGGAAUGUAACUUAACACCAAGUACCACAGCAGUUUAAGGAGUUAACCAACCAUCAGAGGGAAAGUGAGCAGCUCCCUCUAGUCUAGAGACAGAAGGUGGGGUUUCCUGGUAUUAGGUGUACUCUAACUUAUUUUGGGAGGGGACUGUGGUUUAAUUAAGGACUAAAGAUCCAAAUCGCAUAUUCUAACCAUUAGACAGUCACUUACAGCCCCUUAAAAAUAUAUAGGACUUGUUUAAAAAAACAAAAAAAGGCAAGCCUUGCCCUUUAAAAAAAAUAAAAAGGCAAACUUUGUCCUUUGCUAACAAUUUAAUUGAAGGUACUUUAUCACUAAAGCUGCAGGACA